UCUGAAACUGAAAGCGAAUGCCGUCCGCAAUUACACGCCUACUAUUCGCUGCUGCCUGAGUCGGAGAUAGUAUUUUCAUUUUCAUUUUCAUUUUCCCGAUCUAUACUUUUCCCUUUUUUUAGAUCUCUGGUUAUUCUUCUCGCCUCUCCGUCAAGACGUCAACGCAUCUGGUUUUUUUCCUUCAUUUUCCCGAGGAAAUUAUGUCAGACGCUCUGAUCAAUGGGCUGGCCGGCGCUGGCGGAGGGAUCAUAGCUCAGCUCAUCACCUAUCCUCUUCAAACUGUGAAUACUCGUCAACAGACAGAGCGAGAUCUCAAGAAGGAGAAGAGGAAACUUGGAACCAUCGAAGAAAUGCUUCGGGUUGUAAAACAUGAAGGAUGGGAACGUUUGUAUGGAGGGUUAACACCGUCUUUAGUCGGUACAGCUGCAUCUCAGGGUGUUUACUAUUAUUUCUAUCAAAUAUUCAGGAACAAAGCUGAAGCAACUGCCCUUGAACGCAAGAGAAGAGGGAUUGGUGAUGGAUCGGUCGGGAUGUUUUCCUCACUUGUUGUGGCUGCUUUGGCAGGGUGUGUAAAUGUGCUGUUGACAAACCCCAUUUGGGUGGUUGUUACCAGGAUGCAGACUCAUACAAAAAUCUCAAAGAAAUCCUUGUCUAAUCAGCCACUACCAGCUCCGGAUGAAACAGUUCUUUCCAUAGUUGAGCCUCUUCCUUAUGGGACCAGCCAUGUGAUUCAAGAAGUCUAUGAUGAAGCUGGAUUUUGGGGCUUUUGGAAAGGUGUAGUACCAACAUUGAUAAUGGUGAGCAAUCCUUCCAUACAAUUUAUGCUGUAUGAAACAAUGUUGAAGAAGUUGAAGAAAAAACGUUCCCUCCAUAAACAGGGUAACAAUGGAGUGACUGCUUUAGAGAUAUUUCUUCUGGGAGCUUUGGCAAAACUUGGAGCCACUGUUGUGACGUAUCCACUUCUUGUUGUAAAGGCGAGACUACAAGCAAAACAAAUUACAACCGGUGACAAAAGGCAUCAUUACAAAGGGACAUCAGAUGCUAUCCUCAAGAUGACCCGUUAUGAAGGUUUCUCUGGCUUCUAUAAAGGCAUGAGCACAAAAAUUGUACAAAGUGUUCUUGCUGCGGCUGUUUUAUUCAUGGUGAAGGAGGAACUGGUCAAGGGUGCUCGGGUUUUACUCACCCCAAAUACCGUGAAAUCAAAGCCUCCUUGACUCGAGCUUUCUCCUUUCUCACUCAUCAUUCUUAUUUCAACAAUGGUGGGGUGUAGCUUAGUGAAAGCAUAUUCGAAUUGGAUUCCAGAAACAGGUUUCUGGCUUUCUGCCCUAAAAUAAUAGGGACAUAAUAUAAAGAUUUAUCAUGAAAAAAAAAUGAUAGCAAUGGCUCAUUACUUUCAACUCGGAUUUUCAGUCUGGACUGGUAUCAUGAAAAUAAAAUGAUGGCACUUAUUACGUCCGGAACCUAGAUCUUCAGUGCUUAUUUUAAUGCUAGUCUUGGCAAUUAACUAGUUUGGACUGGAAAGCACAUUGUUAUAUUACCCUUUAAGAAUUUUCUUAUGCACAAAUAUAUGUGACAGUGAAUG